AAAUAUUAUGUGUAGUUUUGCUUCAUCUUAACUCAAUAGUUGCUCGGUAGUCUUCAUCACAUAACCAAUAUGCUCAUCUCAUAAAAACCCGUUUCCUUGUCUAUGCAAAACCAACAUUAGCUUCUUACAAACAUCAUAUCCUCGAAUUUAGAGAGCGAAAAACACCAGUCAUUUGAUCUCUACUUUCAUUGAAAAAUUACCAUGAGGCCUAAACCUCAAGGCCCUCUUAAUAUUAAGCUCCUCAUUUUAGGAGUUACCCUUGCUUUUCUCCUCCUCUUUAUCUUGAGAUCAAAUUUGUCAUCAUCUUCUGAUCAAAGUACUUCACAAACCGUAAGAAGUAGAGAUUCGGAUUGUUCAUCAUCUUGCACGAAACUCCCAUCCUCGCUAUCUCAUGCCCUCAUUCACUACACAACCUCAAGCAUCACACCACAACAAACACAAAAAGAAAUCUCAGUUAGUGCCAAAGUGCUACAACAGAAGUCCCCUUGUAACUUCCUAGUUUUCGGCCUAGGCCAUGAUAGUCUAAUGUGGAGCGCGUUAAACUAUGGAGGACGAACUGUUUUCUUAGAAGAAGACGAAUCAUGGAUUCAACAAAUUAAACGUCGAUUUCCUAUGUUAGACUCUUAUCAUGUUGUCUAUGAUAGUAAGGUUAAUCAAGCAGAUACUUUGAUGGAAAUGGCCAAGGGAGAAGAGUGUACUUCAAUAGGUGAUGCUAGGCACUCAAUGUGUCAACUUGCAUUGAAAGGUUUACCUAAGGAAGUGUAUGAAACUAAGUGGGAUGUGAUCAUGGUGGAUGCACCUACCGGGUACUACGAUGAGGCUCCCGGUAGGAUGACCGCGAUUUACACAGCCGGGAUGAUUGCUAGGAAUAGGGAGGAUGGAGAUACUGAUGUAUUUGUUCAUGAUGUGAAUAGAGAAGUUGAGGAUAAAUUUUCUAAGGCAUUUUUAUGUGAAGGGUAUAUGAAGAAGCAAGAGGGAAGGUUGAGGCACUUCAAUAUACCAAGUCAUAGGGAUGGGUCAGAGAGGCCAUUUUGCCCUAAUUAGUAAUUUUUUUUUUUUUUUUUUAAUUUUUAUUCUUUUAUUGAAAGAUUUUCUUGAGUUUUACACAUUAUUUUUCAAUUAUCAUAAAAUUCAUAGAAGGUUCAUGUAUGCAUGUUGGAUGAGAAAGAUUCUGCUUUACAAUUUUUUUUUUUAAUAAUACGUAGUAGAUGAGAUGGGAUGGAAAACUUGAGAUAUAGUAUUAAUUUUUUACUACUAUGGAGAAUACAUGUAGCCAUUUUGAUUUUUUCAAGUCCUAUAAUUGGUAUGAAAAGCUAUUUCUCAUUGUAGACUGAGGAACCGCAGUCA